AUGAUCGCGGCCCAGGCCAAGCUGGUGUAUCAUUUGAAUAAAUACUACAAUGAGAAAUGCCAAGCCAGGAAAGCUGCAAUCGCCAAAACGAUCCGAGAAGUCUGCAAAGUGGUGUCGGACGUGCUGAAGGAGGUGGAGGUGCAGGAGCCUCGCUUCAUCAGUUCCUUGAACGAGAUGGACAAUCGCUACGAGGGGCUGGAAGUCAUCUCCCCCACGGAGUUUGAAGUCGUGCUGUAUCUGAACCAAAUGGGGGUUUUCAACUUCGUGGACGACGGCUCCUUGCCGGGCUGCGCUGUGUUAAAGUUAAGCGACGGGCGCAAGAGGAGCAUGUCCCUCUGGGUGGAGUUCAUCACGGCGUCUGGCUACCUCUCCGCUCGCAAAAUCCGGUCCAGAUUCCAGACUCUGGUGGCUCAAGCCGUGGAUAAGUGCAGUUACAGAGACGUGGUAAAGAUGGUGGCGGACACCAGCGAGGUGAAGCUGAGGAUCAGGGAUCGGUACGUCGUGCAGAUCACCCCCGCGUUCAAGUGCACGGGGAUCUGGCCGCGGAGUGCUGCGCACUGGCCGCUUCCCCACAUCCCCUGGCCGGGACCCAACCGGGUGGCGGAGGUCAAGGCGGAAGGCUUCAACCUCUUGUCCAAGGAGUGCCACUCUCUGGCCGGCAAGCAGAGCUCGGCCGAGAGCGAUGCCUGGGUGCUGCAGUUCGCGGAAGCUGAGAACAGACUGCAGAUGGGCGGCUGCAGGAAGAAAUGCCUCUCCAUCCUCAAAACCUUACGGGACCGUCACCUGGAGCUGCCGGGCCAGCCCCUGAAUAAUUAUCACAUGAAGACUCUGGUUUCCUACGAAUGCGAAAAGCAUCCCCGCGAAUCGGACUGGGACGAGUCGUGCCUGGGGGACCGGCUCAACGGGAUUUUACUGCAGCUCAUCUCGUGCCUCCAGUGCAGGAGGUGCCCGCACUACUUCUUGCCCAACUUAGACCUCUUUCAGGGCAAACCUCACUCGGCCCUGGAAAACGCGGCCAAACAAACGUGGCGACUGGCUAGGGAAAUACUAACCAACCCGAAAAGUUUGGAGAAACUUUAGAGGGUAACUAUAAAACCGGGCUGACCGAUAAAUCUGCUAAUUUCCCGAUGAAGUUUAAGAUGCCUGUUUGAAAAGUCAUAUAUUUCCACUUGACAAUGCAAAUAAUAUUCUCUUUUAAAAAGG